GAGGUUGGGAAGUUGCGAGAGAGAUUCUCGUAGCAUCGCCAGCAUCCUGAGGACAUGUCAUAUUCCGAGUGACAUCACGAAUACCGCGGCAUUGUUGAUUCUGCCCCUGUUUCUGUUAUUCCGGCUUGUUGGAGUUGAAUGUAAACAAGAAUCCAUGGUUUCACUCCAUUUUUUUUCAGCUAUCCGUACAGCUCCACACACUCUUCUUAUGCUUUAGUACAUUAUCCAGUGAAGUGGUAUGGAGAGUCCCACAAUCGUCUUACGAGGAGCAACUGGCUACAUUGGUGGCCAGUUUCUUAUUUCACUUGGUCGUGAAUUGCUCCUAUUGCCUGUCACUGCUCUCCUACAGGGCUCGCUCGACGAUGCUGGCUUGAUUCAGGAAUUAGCUGAAAAUGCAGAUAUCGUAGUGAACGCUGCGAGUAGUGACCAUCCCUCUGCAUCUCGAGCAAUUCUUGAAGGUUUGAGCAAACGAUCUACAUACAGGCCUAGCGAUCCACCUUUAUACCUUCAUACAUCUAGGAUGGGAAUCCUCAGCGAUGAAGCACGCGGAGAGUUUGUUGUGGACUGGAUCUCGCUACCUCCAGACAACGCACAUCUGAACGUUGAUAUCCCUAUUGUCGACGCAGGCACGCGCAAGAUCUAUGGUCUUUCCGAAGGUGUUCAGAGGGUCCCACUUGGUGUUCGCAUGCACCUCGGCUUCACGCUGGCCGCUGGGUACGCAGGGACUUGGGGACCUGGACAUAAUGCCAUGAACAAUAUCCACAUCAAGGAUGUCGCCUCGGCCAUGAUCGUCAUGCUCAACGCAGCUCUGGAGCAUAAAGCCGAUGAAGGUGCAGAAGGUCCGUAUUUUAUUGCGAACGAUGCCUCGAACGUGACGUGGAAAGAAUGGCAGGGUGCAGCGGGUGAUUACUUGCUUAGCAAAGGCAUAAACAAGGAACCAGGUACACGACCAUUCACUGACGAGUUCCUCAAGUCGCUUUUCGGUACCGACCGUGUGUUCUAUAUUCUGCUUAUAUUUCUCCAAAUUCUGGGGAGAUACCGUAUCUGGGUUGGCGGACGUUUGGAGACAAACAAUUUGGCAGAUCGAAGCGUAUUGGAAGACUCAGUUGGAAACCAGUGGAGACAUUUCAGCACCCUUGCUUAGGUACGCUCGCCGAAUCCGUGGAUGUCGCUCUGCAAGCAUGAGCGAAGGAAAGGCAAAAGAGGAGGUAUGGUUAUGAUGACAUAUUUAUCGGACCUUUCUGGAUCCCAAUAACAUCCCUUGAGCUAA